AUGGAGAUGGGGAGGGGACUGAACGGCAUUGAGGUGAUAGCUUCAGUGAACCCGGCACGUGUCGGGGAGAACGUGACCUUCCGGGCGAUUCCUCCGACGGCCCUGCCGAGUGGCAGCUGGGCGGUGGGUGACCGUGUGCUGGUGGUAACGUGGCUCGGGGAGCAGCAGGCAGUGUUUCCGGGUCACGAGGGCAGAGCCAGGGUUAACAUCAGCUCCGGCGACCUGCACCUGAGCUCCGUUAGUGUGGAGGACUCUGGCGUCUAUGUGCUCCAGAGCAACGACCCGUCCCUCCGCGCCAACACCAGCCUGACGGUGCUCGAGCCCAUUGCCAAUGUGACUCUCACUGUCAGGAACACUACGCUGGUGGAGUUCACCAGUGCGGUCCGUCUCACGUGCCUCGCCUCCGGCUCCUCAGUGUCCUUCCAGUGGGUCAACGGAAGUUCAGAGGUCGUGCGGAGGAUGGGUGUUCUCCUGGAGGAUGGCAACCGCACGCUCAUCAUUCAAAAUGUCACUCGGUACGAUGUUGGCCCAUUCAGUUGCCAUGUGAACAAUGCACUUGGUAGUGCCACAAGUCACCUUAUCCCCCUCCUGAUCAGUUAUGGACCAGAGGACAUGAGCCUGGCCAUGACGGGCUCCUUGCUGGUUGGCUCCAACCUGACCCUGUUCUGCAGAGCCAGCUCCCAGCCCCCAGCCCUCCUGGAGUGGCUCGUGGACGGGGAGUCACUGAACGCCACAGGCCAGGAGACGCUGGAGCUGGGCAGGGUUGAGGAGAGACACAGCGGGCUCUACUCCUGUAGGGCCUUUAACAACAUGACCCUGAGGUGGUCAAGUGUCACCAAACGCCUCGUCAUCAGCAUGCCAGCACCUCCUCUGUCGAAAGCUCAGCCGUUGAAGAUCGUAACCCUGUCAUGGUUGUGUGUUUUGGCUGUGUCCCUAUGGCUCUAUUUGUCUUGCUGAGUAUUCACAGUGGCACAGGUACAGUAACGUGAGCUUCGAAGUUGACAUUUCUAACCAAGCCACCUUGUUUUGCGCAUACAGCACAUUUCUAAAUCAACACUUUGAGGCGGAUGUGGUUUUCGAUGCAUCACUAAGUAUAUUUGUACUGAUAAUUGUGCAAGCUUAUAAAAAAUACUGUUGGUAUCUGAAUGUAUGCAAUGGCUUGUGGCCUGUCUAGGUCAUUCUUUCUGUGUUUGUUCCACCCUAGUGUGAUGUCUCCAAGAUUAGGAGGCCACAUUUCUAAACUCCUUGAAAACAAUGGAGCAAUCGCCGAUGAUUUCACCGGUCAUCCAUAGUGUUACAGUAUAUUAUGGUACAAGUUGGUGCCUCAAUGGGUUCCG